GCAGAUUAUUGAAAGGCGAAUCGCAAACAGCAGCUCGCUGACUGACUUACAGAAAAAAGAGAAAAAAUAUACUUAAAUAAUGAAUACAUUCUUGGUUUUAAUGAUAUUUUUUGGACCAGAUUUAGCCACAUCUUAUUUGGAGCAGGCUGAAAAAAGUACUUGUUACGCCCGAGAUUUGGAGCCUGGACGUCUAUUGUCUUGCGUGGACAUUGAGAACUCCCCCGUAUCCACUGAAUUGGGGGUCCCUAGCGGCUCGUCUUGUAAUAUGGUGUGUCCCCACAAAGACGUCAACGCCUGGGUCACGUGUGAUGACGGCCGUUGGAGCGACUACUACAUUAAAUACUGUGAUGAAGCAGUUGUCUCGAAGAAACGUCACGUGAUCAAGAAACGAGGAUUCAGAUUCCGUGCCAGAAUCAGGAUCAGAUUCAGAAGCGGAAUAAGAAUCAGAGCUUGCUUCUUCUGCAAACCAAGAGAUACGUCAGCGCCAAUUCUAGCGUGCCCACCAAAUCAAGAAGUCGAAGCAGAGAAAUUGCAGACCGAAAUGAGGGUCUCCUGGCCAGAACCAACAGCGUCCGAUACAAAAGAUGGAAAAAUCAAACCAACCCGUCGAGGGAAGGCUUCUGGAAGCUACUUCUCGGGCAAAAGCGUUGUAUCCUACUUUGCUCGUGAUAAGGCAGGAAAUAUGGCUCGAUGUUCUUUCACCGUUACUGUCAAAGUAAAACGAUGCCCACACCACAUACCUGUAAGUGACGGCUAUUACCAAUGCAAGCCUGGUACGGAUCCCCUCUAUGGCGCAGUGUGUACGUUUGGUUGCUACAGUGGGUUUCAACUUGUUGGAAAUUCUCAACUGGAGUGCAUGUACACGGGUGUAUGGAAUCAUUUCCCUCCUUCCUGUCAAAAGAAAACUUGUCCAACUUUACAGCCAUCUGUUGGGAAUUUGAAGUACUUAUGUACCGACGAAAACAAGUACCGCAGCGUAUGUACGUAUUUUUGUGAGAAGGGAUAUGACAUCACUCCUGGAAUGUCGCGUGUUCGGGUUUGUACAGCAAAUGGUUCUUGGAGAGGAGAAAAACCAACUUGUAAAGAUACUGACCCUCCCAGGUUCAUGAAUUGUCCACACACAGUAAUUGCAUACGCCGACAGAAAUUCUACGCACGGUGUUAUAACUUGGCAAGAACCUUAUGCUACAGACAAUCAUGACAGCGUGGUCAAUGUUACCAAAGAAGGCAGCAUAUCUCCGGGGGACGAGAUAGCCGCUGGAAGCUACAAGGUUAAAUACAAAGCUACCGACAGUGCUGGAAACAACGCAAAAACGUGCACUACAAACAUCAUAAUGAAAGUCCUCUCUUGUCCGGUCGUGCAUGCCACCCCGUUUCAAAGUGUGAGCUGUCCCUGGGGAUCUAAAUACGGGAGUCAGUGCGAGUUUAACUGCGGUCCAGGAACGGAGAGGAACGGGUCUCAGGUGGCGGUAUGUGAGAAAAGCGGGAGUGGUGAAUACGGAUAUUGGACGUUUGGUGACAUGCAACCUUUCUGUAAAGUAUUACAGAGCUGCAAGCGAGAAUUGAACGCACCUAAAAAUGGUGCUAUUGCUUGUGAUUACUGGUUGGGCGGAAAAUUUUGUCAAAUGAUGUGUAAAAGUGGAUAUGAUGUCAGACGUGGAUCGGCUUUCUAUGAAAUGAUUGUAUGCGGGGAUAGUGGCGAAUGGUUUUUGACAGGUGGACUUCCGCUUCCAGACUGCGCGGGGACCAGAAUGGCAAACGGGGGAAAACUUCGAAUGUCAGCCUCAUAUUAUUUUAAUGGCGAUUGUACAAACCCCUCUACAAGAGACGAAAUAAAACGCCAAUUUAUUGAAACGUUGAACAAAUCAAAAUACGCACUGGUAUGUCAGAUGUAUGCCAAAGACUGCACAGUUGACAAUGUUCAGAUUAAAUGUGGCUCUGUCGGGAAGAAACGGUCAGCAGAGAUGAGAAUAGAUUUUGAUAUUGCUGCCAGUUUUGACAAUUCUACAUUUGUAGACGGAUUUGUUCAACUUAGAAGAAAUCAAUUCAAAAUAAGUAAUGCAAUACGAAAUGCACAAGCAUCCGGUUUCCUCAAUUUUAAUUUAAGUGCAGAUGGACUCAUGGAAAUUCAAGACAUUGGAAACUCUGAAUUAUCGCUGGAAUGUCCGGAGAGAACCAGUCCUUCAUACACAACUAUAUCAUGUGUCGAAUGUGCACCAGGCACCUACUAUGACGUCAUCACUGAAACAUGUCCAAUGUGUCCUCGUGGGUCCUACCAGCCAUUGAGUGGACAGGAUCACUGUAAUCUAUGUCCUGUAGGCAUGACAACGAAAGCACAUGGAGCGCAGGAUCUAUCGCACUGCGAAUCUGGUUGUGAACCUGGGUCUUGGUCCGCUGAUGGGACGCCGAAGUGCUCAUUGUGUCCAGUAGGCACCUUCUCUGACCAAUUUGGAUCCUCCCAGUGUACGGAGUGUCCGGGUUCCUCUACCACUGUUGCUGAAGGAGCCUCCAAAAGGUCACAGUGUCAAGAAUUUGAUCUACAGCUUUCUACUGGGAGUGUGGUUUCUAUACCAUUUUCUGCACAGAAUGGUGCUAACCAGUUCCUGUUUACUGCUUGGGUGUACUUAGAACAAACAUCAAACCAUCUUGAAAUCAAUAUAUCUUCAGCAAAUGGAACAGAACGUUUGAUUAUUGUAAUUGGUUCAAAGGUUCGCGUCAGCAAUAUAAGUCGAACAAUUGAAACAAGCCAACAACUUACCAGUGAAAACUGGCAUGUAAUUGCAUUGGUCAUGGACAAUGAUGAUUCCAAGUUGUAUAUUGAUGGACAAAUAUGUUUUCAAUCGUCAAUAAAAUUCGAAUUGCAGACAAAAAUGAAAUUGACACUGACGGGUUCAUCAACACUGUCACAGUUAAAUAUAUGGAAUUACAAUGUAGCAAACUUUUCUCAAAUUCUGUCUAUGACGUCAAAAUGUUCAAACAAUAUAAGUGGUGAAAUAUUGAACUGGAAGAAUUUUGAAAAGAUUUUAAAUUAUGGAACUUUUAAGCAGAUGCCGAGUGAAUGUGAUGAUUUUGACAAUUGUCGCUCAAAUCCUUGUCGCAAUGGUAGGUGUAUCGACAAAAGGAAUGGAUCUAUUUGUGAAUGUGCUUACGGUUUCUAUGGCGACAAUUGUGAAUGGAACAUAGAUGAUUGUGUUGAUCACGCAUGCGAGAACAACGCCACCUGUGUAGAUGGCGCUGCAGAAUAUACAUGCCAAUGUUCCUAUGGAUUUAAAGGAGAACUCUGUGAAAUUGUCAUGGUUGACGGUUCUUGGGGUCAGUGGGGUGAGUGGUCCUCCUGCUCUGUGACUUGUGGAAAUGGAACACAGCAGAGAUGGAGAGUCUGUAACGACCCAGCUCCUGAUAAUGGCGGCCUGGAAUGUCCGGAUAACAGUACUGACAGCAGACCUUGUAUCCAAGACAGUUGUCCUGAAUGUGCAGCAUUAGAAACACUUGAGCACACUAUCUGGACCUGCAUCAAUGAUAGCGUCGGUGUCAACUGUACUGUGGACUGUGCUGAUGACUAUGAUUUUGACCAUACUAUCAAACCUUACUAUUUCUGUGGACAGGACACUUUCUACCUUUGGGAUUUCCAAACAGACGACAAUCCUUACGGCAAAACGCCGUACUGCUCCAAAAUACAGGAUGGAAAUAAAAUUCAAGUUGGAUUUUCUGCCUCAUACAAAGAUCUUUCCUGCGACUCCUCGACUAUGUAUAGCGAAACCAAGACAAAGAUUCCGGAAACCGUUCAGCGCGGCUUGAAAAACCUUAACUGCAUCGCAUCAGGAACUUGUUCCCUGAACAAAGCCAGUGUAACUGGAUGUAGCCUGAGGUCAAAACGAUCUACGACGUCAAGCAGUGCGGGAUUUCAACUGUCUCUAUCGUGUGAUCCAAACAUACACGGAUCUGAAGAAUGCUACAUUGCCUUGUAUACAUCCUUUGACGAUUUGCAAACUUCAAUUCAGAAUGAUUCAUUUGACACAACAGUUCAAGGGUCAUUAUACGAGGUUGAUAUGGCAAGUCUUGAUGCCACAAGUACUGUCUUGUGCCCCACGGGUUCUGUCGCUGUUCAAUUCUAUUGUGUUCCAUGUGGACCUGGUCGGUACUUAAAAAAUGAUGAAUGUGUAAAAUGUGACUUCGGAACCUAUCAGGAUCUAUCGGGACAGCUGUCGUGUAAGGAAUGCCCAGAUGAUACAACAACCACCGGAAGAGAGUCCCGAAGUGUGACAGAGUGUUCGGUUGAAAUACCCAAAGCAUCAAAAGAAUCAAUUUACGUAACACUUGGAGUACUUUGUGGAGUCGUGCUUUCUGUUGUUAUUGCGAUGACCUUCGUUUACUGUAGACGAUUUAUGACCAUGAGUCCUAUGAAAGAAAAUUCGUGGGCUUUCAAAGUACCCAAGAAAACAAAUGUUUUGCAAAACAUUUCUUCCAAAAAACUUGGGAAAAAUUUGGAUAAACCAUAUACGAUGCCACAGAAGAACUUUCCUCCCGUCUCAGACGACAGAAAUAUCGAAGUUAUAUACUUACCACAUUAGUCUUAUUCCAUGUAUUAACAAGUUCUGGUGUUUUUGUCUGUGAUAAAACAAUGAUUGAGUCUUCAUAUAUAUUUUUCAAUAAUUACAUAAUUGAAUGACACACCUGAGAAAUCGAUACUCAUUAAACGACUAAAAUUAUUUUAGUAUUUUACCUCUACGUACAAUAAUUAAAACAUUAGGUAAAUAUAAAUAAUAAUGAGUAUACUAUAUGUUAGCGAUCAUUACAGUCGAUACGUGACCAAAUCUAUCAUAAAGUA